CGGAAGUAGGACGUUUAUUGACAAUAUGGCCGCGGAACUGGGUUUGGAUUUGUAGAAGAAGAAAAAAAAAAAUGUAAUUUGACAGCGCACACCGGGGCUGCGACGACAACAACCCGUUUCCACUUCAGGUGUGUGCGGAAACAGAUGCAUUUGAAUGAAGGGAGCCGCGGAGCCACGGGACGGUGUCAGUGAGCUGAGGAAGCGUCCGGAGUGUGAAACCCGUCAUGUCGUUUUUCAAGAGGAAAGCCAAAAGCAAAGAACCCGAGAGAGGGACCGAUGCUAAAGUCAACAGAGCGCCGGCCAGUCCUAACUCUCCCUCACUCGGCCUGAGGAACCACCAUGCAAUUCAGGAAGCAGCCGGGCCCAGCCAUGUGGCCAUCAACGCCAUCUCUGCCAACAUGGACUCCUUCGCCCGCGGCCGCACCGCCAUCCUCAAGAAGCAGCCGAGCCACAUGGAGGCCGCACACUUUGGAGAUCUCGGUCAUUCCAGUGUGAACUAUCAGCCCCAGGAGUCCCGCUCUCGGCUGUCAAAGACAGUGGACCAUGUCCUUCGGGACAACGUGGCCAUACCCCACUACCUACAUUUCAGUGAACGACGGGGCGCCGACCACCUGGUCCGGUUCUGGUUGGAGGCGGAGAGAUUCCGCUCCGUCAGCUGGUCUCGGGUCCGAGCGCACAGCCUGAACUCUGUCAAACAAAGCACGUUGGCUGAGCCUGUCCCGGCCUCCCCGGACAGCUCGGAGCGCCCAGGACUAAAAGAAACCACGUCUCACACCCUGUCCGGAGACAGCGGCAGUGAACGGCCCUCAUUACAAUCAGAGCAGCAGGACUCCUCCAGCAGAGAAGCAGACCUGAGACCUGGCACCCCAAGAGCAGAAACCCCAAAAAGACAGGCCCCCUCCAGGACGGGGACGCCCUACAAGGUGCAGGCGAACAGCACCCUGAAAGAACUCUCUGACAAACUCAUGAAGAGUAUAGAGACAGACGCUGUCACCAUCUUCACCAGGUACAUCUCUCCAGACGCUGUAAGGCCGAUCCCCAUCACAGAGCAGAUCAGAAACGACAUUGUUGCUAAGAUCUGUGGAGAAGACGGCAUGGUGGACCCAAACUGCUUUGUUAUAGCACAGUCGGUGGUCUGCGGCAUCUUGGAACAACAGCACUUUACUGAAUUCCUGCGGAGCCAUCAUUUCUGUAAAUACCAGAUUGAAGUGUUGACGAGUGGCUCUGUGUUCCUGGCUGACAUCUUGUUCUGUGAGUCAGCUCUCUUCUAUUUCUCUGAGUACAUGGAGAAGGAGGAGGCCAUGAAUGUUCUGCAGUUCUGGCUGGCUGCAGACAACUUCCAGAACCAGCUUGCGGCGAAAAAAGGCCAGUAUGACGGUCAGGAGGCUCAAAAUGAUGCUAUGAUCCUCUAUGACAAGUAUUUUUCACUCCAGGCCACAAACCCUCUGGGCUUUGGCGACUCUGUACGGAUGGAGAUAGAGUCGAAUAUCUGCCGAGAGGGAGGGCCGCUCCCUGACUGUUUCACCACUCCACUUAGACAGGCCUGGACCACCAUGGAGAAGGUCUACAUGCCCGGCUUCCUGUCUAGCAACCUUUACUACAAAUACCUGAGUGACCUCAUCAACUCUGUGCGGGCGGACGAGUUUGUGAAUGUCAACACUCAGGGUCAGGGCGGGCAGGCGGACAAUGACCGAUCAAGUUCAAAUGCCAGCGAGGUCUCUCAGACUCAGCUAGGGGCCAAAAAGGCAGCGAUCAAGAUCCUGAAAAACUUCGACGAGGCAAUCACAGUGGACGUCGCCAGCUUGGACCCCGAGUCCUUGUACCAGCGGCCGUACGCUGGAAGGAUGACUUUCGGGAAGGUGAAUGAGAUGGGUCAGUUCAUCAGGGAAGCGGAGCCGGAGCCAGACGUCAAGAAAUCCAAAGGUUCCAUGUUUUCUCUCGCCAUGAAGAAAUGGGUCCAAGGAAACUCAGACGAGGCUCAGGAGGAGAUGGCGUGGCAGAUCGCAAAGAUGAUCGUCAACGACGUCGUCCAGCAGUCCAACCACGACAGCCCCGCCAAGUCCACCAAGUUAUGACCCCACUGAGGAACCAAAGGAUCGUCACUCCAUGCAGCCGCUGGCCGAGCCAGUGACAAACUGUUCACAGGGUUCACCCUACAAUGAACUGCAGAAUGAACAAGGCUUUUUAUCACCAUCCCAACCCCCGUGUGUGUGUGUGUGUGUGUGUGUGUAGUGUGUGUGAAUGCGUGUGUAUGUGAGACAGAUGAAUGAUUGUUCACACAUUGGAUACUAGGAAAGAUGAAGCAAACCAUUCAUCCAUUCUUCCAAUCCUCCAACUCCACAACACUAUUAAGGUACAGGUGUUUUGAAAAAAAUAAAGCAUUGCUUAGCGCUUGAAUCCGACCAGAAGAAGUCACUCCUGGUGAAGGAAGCACUCGACUUCAUGUUACAGGAAGCAGCACGUCUGUCAGGACCGUCACCGCAUCGCUCCAGCCAUUCUGUCUGAACCAUUUGAUUCUUAUGUCGGACCUAUGGAGGGUGUGACAAGAGCCGAGUAACCCUGACUCUGUCAUGGCACAUCUCCCCACACCUUUUAAAACCAUUCCUUGUUUUUAGAUGAAGUCCUUUCUUUAAGGUCAGCCGCUUUAGGCCUCGCAGAUGUACAGUUUUUGCAAACACUCUACUCAGCCUGCCUGGAGUAGUUCAGUCUUCUGCUCGCUAACGUGUGCGCUACUACCUUGAACGUUAUAUGUACUGUAGAAAGCUGGACGUGGGACAAUGACACAGAAGAAGAGCUGAUUCGGUUUGGGUCUGGCUGACCUCCUCCAUGACCUCCGGGCACCUUAACAGUGCAUAGAAGAAGAAAUACUCCCUUAAAGAACUUAAGUGCUCCACUUGUGUUGCAAAACUCCAGAGUCCAUGUCGUAAAUGUUCUAUAUAUACAGUAUAUAUAUGUAGAUUUCUGGUUUACCCCAUAUAUUAAUGUUAGUCCUUUUUUAUGGUGAUCGCUGUUUUAAAAGAAGAAAAUGCAUCACUGAAACAAAUGUCAGUGAGGAGCUGACUGUUCAACUGGAAAGAGAGCUCAGUGAAAUAAAUCUUUUUUUAAUUUUGUUUUUGAGCCUUAUCAUGAUGUGGAAAUAAAACCAGAAAAGACUCUUGGUACUAUGUACCACUAAUGUUUUCUGACAUGUAUGUGUACUUAAUCUAUAAUAUAUUUAAAUUGUGUUUGAUUUAAAUACAUAUAUUAUAAAAUCA